AUGCUUCAGCGCUGCCCGGACUGUGCAGUGUUAUGGGGCGUUGGCAGGCAGCUGGGUGUUUUCGAGGUGGCCCUGCCGGAAACUUCCCCCGUGGUGCAGUUGGUUCGCAAGCACCACUUAUCCGAGGUGUCAGCCACGUAUGCUGCAGCGGCCGCUGCCGGCAGCUUUUUGGGCCGUCUUGCCUGGGGCGAAGAACGUCUCGGUGGCAUUUCGGCGGCUCAGCGCCGCGGCGACAUGUCGGUCCCUGUUCGGAAUGUACGUGGGGGUUGCAUAGAGGCUUUGGAAGCUGUUUUGGCCGUCGCAUCCAACGCUGCCCAGGAACACAGCCCGAUUCCUCAGCCAGUCGAUGUGGAUCACAUGAUGCAGGUGCGUCACGAGGAGCGUCAAAGCUACGCCCUUGCCUCGCAGCUGGCAUCGGACGGACAUGCUGAUGGCUUGGCAGCCAAAGCGGAGAUGCUGUACUUUGGCCGAAGCUCGGUGCUUCCUGGCUCUGGGGCCGGCGGCCGCGCGGGAGCUGUUUUUGGCCUGCUUUUGGCUGCGUGGCUGCUUCCCAAAGCCUGUCGUCGGAGAGCUCCCAGGGCACUGGCAAGGGAAGGUCAGGAGGCAGCUGCGCAGGAGGGCACCAGGAGCUGCGUCUGGCUACGACUGCUGUUGCUGGUGCUGGCGGCUGCUGCAUGGCUGGCUUGGCCAGGGCCCGGGGCUUCGGACCUUGCUGACUUGGCCCCGGACGCUGCAGAGGCAAGCAGCCUUUUCCGUGAAGCGGCGGACGCUGGCCACUGGGGAGCAGCCUAUGCCCUGGCGAUGAUCAAGCUCGAUGGCGACAACAAGAGCGAGGCGGAGCCCUACUUGACCCAAGUGGUGGAGUCGGAUGCGGACGAAGCUGCGCGUGCCUUUGCGCAAUACUUCCGCCAUCGUCUGGGACUGGGUGUGGCCAAGGAUCCCGAGAAAGCCGGGCUCUGGCUGCAGCAGGCCGCAGAUGUCGGCGAGAUCAACGCCGUGACGCUUCUGGCCGAGCUCAGCACCCGGGAGGAUGCAGAUGUGAAGCUGCCCGGUGGCCGCAAUCUUUCGCUUGCCCUUGACUACUUUCGACAGGUGGCGAGCGCGGGACAACUGCCUACCCGUUACAACAUCGGUGUGCUCUUGCUCCAGUCUUUGACCAACGGUAGCGGCGCCACCAUACCGGAGAACCUGUCCUUGGCCGACUGCCACGAGAUUCGUUUGGAGUUUGCCGAAGUGGCUCGUGACAUGGACCCCACCGUCCGGCUGCUCUUCGCGCUUGCCAUGAGGGCCUGGGACAGGGGCUCGCGCCCGGCAGCUGCGAUGCUCUUUGCGCUGCUCAGCGAUGUGGGCGUCACCAAGGCACACCGCAAUGCGGCGCUCUUCUGGGAGGAGCGGACAGGUGCAUGGGAUGGAGCAGGACAGAGGGACGUCAAUGAAACCGAUGUGGACGAGGAUGCCGGAAGGUGCAACGCCACCGAGGACGUGACAGUGGAGCUUGUUGCGACAGGGCGCUUCUGCUGCAAUGGCGAGCGCGGAGAGGAGGCCUGUGACGAUUUUCUCUUCAAUGAGCCUGGGUACAUGCCGGCAGAGUGUGUGAUGAGGUGCGGUGAAGAGCCGGGUUGCGUCUUCGUGACUGUGUAUGCCACGAGCUACUGCGACUUGGUUCGAAAAGUCGAUUCGGCUGACUCGACAGCUAAACCGUCAGAUUGA